UCAAAUCCACACACACGCACAUGUUAUAUAUACACAUAGACAUAGACUUACAUAUUAUUCAUUCUAUUCAUCAGUUAAACUAAAACAAGAAGCAAAAACAUUUAUUACUACCAAAUGGCUCCGUGUCGUACGAUGGUUCUGCUCUGUCUUGUCCUGUUUCUGGCGACCAGUAGCUCUUCUGUGGCCGCCACAAGAAUUGGAGCCACGGUGAAGACGAAGGAUAUGAAGAGCUUAGGGUUUAAAGACAGCCUUAUUUCUGGUUACUUGCCCAAAGGUGUUCCCAUUCCUCCUUCUGCUCCUUCUAAGAGACACAACUCUCUCGUUGACUCUCUUCCUCAUUGAUUCUUUUUUCUUCAUAAUUUUGUUGUUUAUUCAAUGUAAUUUUUGGGGUUUUGUUUUGUAGUUUCAGA